AUGCCCUCUCACUCAACCCCUGCCGCCGUGACCAUCGCCAUAUUCAUAUCAGUUAUAGUCCUCUUCUUCCUGAACGUCGUCUCCGCUUCCCCACUCCCGAUUUCUUCUCGAGGUACCGUCGACGGCAUGAACAUGACAGCGAAUGCCACCACGAUCAUACACACCCCGCAACUAUCGGCGGCCCCGGUACAAGGUAACGGCACCGCAGCUGAUGCGGGAGGUGAGCAUCGCCACGACCCCUCUGGAACUGUCAGCACUGUCCUCGGAGUGAUAGCCCUGGUCGCGUUGGUUCUGGUGUGGGCGGCUGUUGCCUGGGGGAGGAAGGAUCGUGUGAGGCAACACCGAUAG